AUGUCAGACGUCUCGCUCAACAGCACACUCGGUGCAUUCGUUAUCGGUGCUGCCUUAGCCAACAUAUUCGAUAUUAAUGAUGUUGCUAACGAUGAGCACGUAGGGAUUAUCUGGGUCCUAGAUACAAUCGACAUUGCAGUUACUACCCAUGUUUGGUAUUUCUAUUCUAUCAAGAACUUUGGGGAUGUUCAAGCUUUUACUCAAGGUACCAUCGUGUGGUCGCUAUCCGAGUCUUUGUCCAAGGAGUGUAUGCGCUACGCUUAUGGAAACUUGGACAACACCUUCAUCAAUGGAUACUGUGGCUGGUUGUUCUCGUCACUGCAAGCAACGCCGGUUGUGGGAUAUCUUUCGGUUCCUAGCUUCUCCCAAACACCGUCCAUCAGGAACGCUCUCAUCUCGUUGUUUGCCACCAGCAUAUCAGCCGAGUUCAUCUUAUCUGUUGCGAUGAUCUACACUCUGAAUAAGGGCAGGACCGCUUCAGUGUUUCCCAACACCAUUGCGACACUUGUAACAUUAAUGCAGAUGGUUCUAAUAUCAGGGUUAGCUACGAGCUUGUAUUCGAUGUUCAUUCUAGUCACGUUUGUCGUUUGGCCAGAUACUCUCAUAUUCCUUGGCGUCGACUUCUUCAUCAACUCUCUGUUGGCUAUGCUGAAUGCAAGGAAAAUGAUUCGAAAUGUUGAUCAAUCCUUCCGCCUACAAACGAUUGACUCCUCUGGAUUGGCUCAGGAAGGUCUACAGGACCACUGUAGGAAGGAUAAGCAAGCUAUUGUUGUAUCAAUGGAUAUUGAGUCAGAAACCGUUUAA